AUGUCCACCCCGAAUGAUCUCCAGGCCCUCCUGGCCAGUAUCAGACCGCGUCCAUCGCCGUCCAAUACCCCUGGUCAGGAUGUCCCUCCCAUGGGUCAGCAGUAUCCACCCCAGUACCCUGUCGGGUUGCGCCCCCAGCAUCAGCCUCCUUCACCCUACGACGGACAGCCCUUCCCUCAUCCCCAGCUUCACGGCUAUCGUCACCCGUCCGUGUCGACCGCGAUGAACAGUCCUUCUCCGGCGAAUACCCCCCCUCAACACGGUUCAGACAUUCUGAGUCCCAACGUCCCAACUCCCCGGGGUGAGAUGUUCCCGCCGCAUCCUACUUCGAUGCCUCACCAUCAGCCGCUGCCUCAAAACCCCGACCGUGCCGUCAAUUUGCUUAACCUGCUGAAAUUCAAUCAAACUGCCGCGUCCCCGGGUCCCCAGCAGCCCCCGGUCGCUCCGGCACCUGAGACUGCCUCCGAGGAGCCUACCACCUCUCACGCGAGAAACAUCUCCGCCUCAGACUUAGUUGCUUCUCUCUUUGGACAACAGGCUGCCCCUUCGUCUGCUAGGUUCAGUGCCCCGUCAACCAAGUCUCCCGGGGCUGUUGGUUUCGGAGAGGCCUCGUCAGCCGCCCCGACCGCAGAACAUACCCAGGAUAUGUUGCUUCGUCUCCUCAACGGUGGCCAGAAGCUUGGCAACGACCCCUCCAUGGAGAUCAGGCCCGCUGCCAGGCCCACCUCGAUUUCUCCUCAGAAAUCCCCGGUGUCUGAAAUGAUACCCUCCGUUCAGAGUAUCGAGGAGUCCAUGGCUAUGGGUUCUCGUGCGGAGGAGACUGUGCCCGGGAAGCCGGACGCUUUUGCUCCUCCCUCGAAGCCGUCGUCGCCUCCGGGCAAGGAGUCUCUCUUCACCUACGUCAACCCGUUCGACCAGCUUGCAGCUGCGUCUCCGCGUAAAACUUCUCCACAGCCCAAGUCUCGCAGCGAGAGCCCUGUCGUGGAGGUGACGGAGAAAACUACCGUCACCACCACAGUGGAACCUGCUCAAGUCAUGGGUCAAGUUAAACGUGCCAAGUCUCCCGUCCUCGCAGAAGAGCAAAAGAAGGCCGUGUCUCAAGUUGUGGACAAUCUCGUGACUCAAAUUUGUCGUGACAUGGAUGGCUCUGCGAGCAAGUCAACUCAGGAAGAGGCCAAGCCUGUGACUGUCGUUGAGGAAGUGCGUGCCCAGGAGACGCUUGAGACAGCCGUCGGUCAGCUACGCGAAAACGCGGCUGAAGCGAAGGAAACUCCUGCGAAAGAUGUCUCCAGCGGCGAUGCGCUGGCUGAUUCAUGGGAAAGUGCUGAAGACAGUGCUGAGAAGGAUGAAGACCGUGUAGUUCCCGUUCAUAAUUUCCCGCUGAAACCAUUCAUCUCCAUCUCCGUGAAGCCCGCUUCUGGGAAGCUGAUAACUCUGCGGGACGAUGGGGUCAUGGACAUCUCUCGGUUGAAGAAAGAGUUUGAUCAAUUGGACCGUUCGUUGACGUCGGCCACUUCAGACUACAUUGUCUACGCUCUUGCCAAGAACGGAGGCCUGCGCAUCAUCCGCCAGGACGAUGGAAGUGAUAAACAAAUCUUCCGUUCGACGCGUGAUCGCGUUUUCAAUGUUGCGGUCUGCACAUCGCAGACAACGAGCGGUUCAUCCGACGAACAAGCUCUUUUGGGUAUCGGUGUCAGCGGCACCGUUUACUGGGCCGUCAUCUCCAAGGCAGAGAAGGACUUGUUCGAAUUGGACGCUCUGGAGAGUGAAAGCCUCAUUUUCCCACCUUUCCCGGCUUCUGACGAGAACACUUCCGGUGGCCAGCUGAAAACGCGCGCCAAGCGGAGUUCUCGUCACCCCAGUUUCUUUGCUAUCGGUCGUGGAAAAAACAUCUACGUGAUCUCUCCUCAAGCAGCGGCUGAUCCUGCCUAUGGCGUGUCCGGAAACCACCGUACCGUCAACACUGAGAAGUUCUUCAAGGAGCGUGCUCUCAAGAUUUCGACCGGCAAAGCCGGCAAGGACUUCAUGUUCAGCGACGACGACACUGUCAUCGCUUCUUUGGACAAGACUGGACGCCUGCGUUUCUGGGAUAUCCGCGAGGUCGUAAACAAUCCGUCCUUCUUUACAGACGGGUCUACCCCAAGUGAAGUUCGUGUUCCUCUGAAUACUUUUGUCACCGGCUCCCCUGCGGAGAAGUCUUGGCCGACCUCGGUGCUGUUUAUCGACAAGCUGCGCCCUUACGUCAAGUCUAUGGCUCUUCGUUAUGUUUUGGUGGGAUUGAAGCAAAACCACACCUUGCAGCUCUGGGAUAUUGGGCUGGGCAAGGCUGUGCAGGAGCUCAAGUUCCCUCACGAGAACGAAUCGGAUGCCAUCUGCAGCGUCGCGUACCACCCGGGGUCUGGUAUCAUCGUUGUGGGCCAUCCUACCCGCAACUCCAUCUACUUCGUGCACCUUUCCGCUCCCCGGUAUAAUCUGCAGGCGAUGUCCCAGGCUUCGUUCAUCAAGCGCGCCGCUGAGAAGGAUGGCAGUCUGCCGAAGCCUGAGUCGACCGCAUGCAUGAGCGGCAUUCGCGAAAUCUCUUUUGCCUCGAAGGGCCAGCUGAGAAGCUUGGAUCUCCUUCCGAUCACCAAGGCCGCAGGCGAGGAAAGUGGCUUGUUCGAGCUGUAUGUCAUGCACUCGCGGGGAGUCACAUGUCUCAACAUUAAGAAGGAAGACUUGGGAUGGACCGCGGAUAACAAGAUCAUCCGUCCGGUGAACGCGUUGGAAGAGGGAUUGAUUGACAUAUCGGAGCUGCAAACCUUCCCCACCUAUGUCGCGGACGAGCCUUCCGUCAAUGGUGAUGCUGCGCCGACUCCCACCAAGGCAGCGCCGAAGGAAAUCGCAAAGAAGACUCCUGAUCUGGGCAUCGAAUCUGCCGUGCCGACCAGUGCUUCAGUCUCGCGCACUCAGUCUCCCACGAAGCAGACCGUGAAGAAGAAGGGCGAUGAACAAGCCGAACCGGUGCCCGCAGCAACCAGCACUGAGAAGGCUGAGAAAAAGAAGAAGAAGAAGGGUGCAGCUGCUACCGAGGGCAAGAAGGUGAAGGAGAGUAACACUUCUUCAUUCACUGCCUCGAGUGAGGGGCUUCCUGCCACUCAGGUUGAGAGCGACAAGCAAUCGAGCCUUCCUACAACCAACCCCAUCAGUGCUUUAUUCAGCGCCACGUCCCUUACUCCUGAAUCGGUCGACACCUGGAUUAAGCAAAUGGAGGCGUUGCAGACCGGCGUCUCUACCGAGUUCAGCAAGAGCCUGGGCCGUGAGCUUGAGGGGCUGUACCAACGUUUUGACGAGGAACGGCGCAGUUGGGAUACCGCGUCCGCAGCCAAGCAAGAUCAGGUCCUCCGUCUGGUUUCCAGCACCCUGUCGGACAACGUUGAGAAGAACCUUACUCGUAUUGUUUCGACCAGUAUCCAGGCUGAGGUGGUUCCCACUCUUGGAAAGCAGCUGAACACUGCAAUCUCGCAGCAACUCAACGGGACAUUGCGCCAGUCUCUGCCUGAUACCGUCUCGCGCGCUGUGCAGCAACCUGAGGUCGUCAAGGUGUUGUCGGAAGCUGUGGGCAAGAAUCUCGCCCCCCACCUCGAUACCGAGAUCACCAAAGCAGUCGGCACCGCAGUUACUCCCACUUUCAAGACCCUUACUGCGCGCAUUGCCGACCUAGAAAAGCAGGUGAAGCAUCAGGAGGCCCAACGCCAGGCCGACUCUGCAAAGAUCGAUCAGCUGACUAGCCUCGUUCGUGGUCUCUCCGACACGGUUGCGUCGAUGGCUACUGCUCAAAAUGAGUUCCAGAGUGAGAUUCUGAAGCUGCGCGGUGCCAGUGCUCCUCCCCCCGUCAGUGCUCCAAGUGCAGAGGUUCGAAACGCUGCUCCGGCCCCUGCCCCAGCAGUUGCCGCGCAGACCACAUCCCCCGAAGACGCAGAGCUGAGAGAAAUUGAAGCGUUGAUGAGCCGGGGACAGUUCGAAGAAGGAGCUAUCAAGUGGCUUCAAUCCUCCCAGCAGGCCGACCUGUUUGACAACUACUUCAUCCGCCGAAACCCAGCCUUCUUGACCAGUCUCUCUCCCAUUGUGACGCUGUCGGUUGGCGUGGCCGUCACUUCGUCUCUGAAGACCAAUGCCGCGCAGCGUUUAAUGUGGCUGGAUGUUGUUCUUCAGACGAUCAAUCUGCAGGACAAGGACAUUCGUGAAGUUGCGCCCAGAAUCAUGGAGAUUCUGUUGCAGAGACUGAACGAACUCUACAUGGACGUGGUCAGGGUUGAUCCUCACGAUCCGCUUACUCGCAAGAUCGCCAUGCUUUCGCGCCGGGUCCGGGACCUCCGUGCGUAA